ACUAGCUGCUAACUUGUCUUUGGGGCAAGCCUAGCUAGACUCUAGCUAACACAUCUUUGGUGCAGGAGGGAGAGCUGGCCUACCUCGUGUGCGGCCUCAGGGUGGAUCAUUCAUUUCACUCCCGACAGGCAGAGCAGGAAAGACCUCGCACACCCUUGUGACGUCACAGGGGGAAGCGGUGGUUGUAAACGAAUUGACAUGCGCGGCGCAAUGGCUGAUGGGUCGGCCACUACACUAAGUGCACUGUAGUGCACUCGCCACGUCCUACACACGUCACUCCAAUAGUUCAGCGCGCGCGCAGGCCGUGGAUGUGUGUACCUGUGUACUUGUGUACUUGUGUACCUGUGUAUGCACGCGCUGACCGAAUAUAAAGAGCAGACAAUUGUGAAUGUUAAGUGUGGGGUAGGGGGCAGCAGCUGAUGCUCCAUUCAACCAAAGCGCCUCACUGAAGCUGGGCGCGGAGCUUCAGAUUUAGUCAUCGAGACUUUACAAGGGUAACCUAUACAAAAUAAAUAAAUAAAUGAAAAAUAAAAAAAUAAGCAAAAAUAAAACAAACUUGAAAUGUUCCUACCACCUGCUUCAUUAACGGCACGUACCUCCGCACCUCCCUCCCUUCUGUUCAGUCUGCUCAGCCCCACUUUCCUCUCUUCGUACCUGGUGCCUGAGUUCAAGCACAGUUUUUUAAAACAUUUCUGCAAUAUCCUUUCCACAACACAUAAAUCAAGCUAAAAAGAAACUUGAAAACCCUCGGAAUGCUCGGUAGCGGCUAGAAUAGAAUUAAUGUCUCCUCACAUCUUCAUUAUUAAUAAAUCCCUCAGGAGAAAACUCAUUACUCACCGAGUUCGUGUUUUCCUUAGGAUGUACUAGUACCAGAGGUUCAGUUGGGGUGGGGGGACCAGUCUCCACCCUGAGACCAUCAGGUACAACGUACAUCGUACGAUGACAGACCUCCGGGGCAGGGGACGGUCAGUAAGGGGCGCAAAUAGAUGAAGUUUUAUAAUUUUCUCUCUGUAGCUAUACGAUUCAUUGUAUCGUUAUAGAAAGCACUUUACAGCUGUAUAAGUUAUCACAAUUAUCGAAUGUAUUUUAUUGCUAUACAAUAUAUAAUUAAAGAUAUCAUCGUAACGAGAGGACGGAUAAAGUUUCCAUCUUGAUCCCCCGUAGUUACGACCCGCUGCCAAUUAUGAGUCAGGUUUCAAGUAGGAAGAUGGAAGUAAACAGCUUUACAAAUAAUUGUAAUGAGUGGCAUGUUAGUGUUUUCAGGGUGUUUACAAAUCCUCAGCAACACGAUCGUCAGUGUUCUCGCGACCUACCUGUGUGUGUGUGUGCACGCUAGAGACAACUUUGCGGGACAGGUCUCGUCCUUUCACCUUUCACCAUGUUGGUGUUUGCGCGCACAUCACGCACUUCCUGCUUCAUUAUUCAGCCAUCACCAUUUACUGUUCAUCCCUCAGGGGUUUUGUCUUGUGAGGCUUAGACUUUGACUCUUUUCUGUCCUUGACAUUAUUUUGCUGUCGACGAAGACUGUGAUGGAGGAGCGAGGUGUGAUGUGUGCAGGUGAGAAGGGACUUGCUCUCAGCAGGUGUAUACUGACGGACCCUGGCUUGACAGACUGAGCAAAGUGGUUUCCAGACUAGAAACCUCUGGUGUCAAUGACGAUUACAAGGCUAGUUCAUCUGUCACCUCUAGGAGUGUUUGUCAGCUCGCUAGUGUCACGUGGGCUGGCGUGGCAUUGAGUGAACAUAAAGUCUGACAAUAACAGCUGGCAACAUGAGUGCAAGCAGGCUUUGGCACCCUGAAAAUAGUUCCUGCCAUUGGAGGGGGGAGCAGGCAAUGGAAAAUACACAUGACGCCAUCUUCAUAACCUUGAACUCACAAUUACUGGAAAAUUAGAACAAAAAAGCGAAAAAAAUAUUUUAAAAUAUCUUGUUGAGAAGAAAAAGAAGAAAAAAAGAAUAAUAAUUUUAAUUCAGUUCCGUGAAGCAUUAAUGUAAAGUCUGCGGAAGAAAGACUGCAAGAAAAGUCCCCGCUCAUACCCAGUGUUAUUUGUCACCAGCGCAUUCAUCACAACAAGUCCCCGCGGGCUUCGUGUAAAAAUGUCGCUCACACUUCAAUCGGGAGGUGAAUCGAAUACAACAUCAACGUAGCUGUCGUUGCUGUGUCAUUCCAUUGAACUCACAGUGAAACCAGGGCUGUCUCUACCGGGAGCGAAUGGACCACAAGAGCUUUACACCAUCACAAUGGAGAUACGAUGUUCGACUGAGAACCAGUGAAACACACGAGGUUUGUUGUGUGAAAGUGUUUGUGGUGGAUUAAUUCUACAUUUUCCUGCAAUUGUCCAACGCUUUCUGCUGGACGGUCCAUUUUGUCACAACUUGUUUUGCCCGCUGCUGUAGGCUGUGGAUGCACUGAGUCAACAACUUCAUCCUCUGGUCUCUUGUCUACACCCCGCCUGCUGCUGCACCCAUUCUGUCCUGCCACUGUGUUGAGGCCAACUCCACAGAUGUGGACGACAAACAAAGGACAUUGAUACAUUUGGCUGCUCCCACCACACCAUCACUAAAUGAAUAAACAAACAAAUAAAUAAAUUUACAUUAUUAUUGUGGAGGAUGAGCACAAGUCCACUCAGAGCCCCGGCACUCGCAGUCCAGGUACCCCACCGUCCUGCAGCCCCACCCAGGCACCGGGUACAUGUCUGCGGUGUUCGCGGCGCGUGCAGCUGGUCUGCCGCGUGAGGUGACGAAGCACGGUACGUCACAGGCCGACACGAGCUCGCUGCACGUCACCUCAGAGGGUGUGUGACGGCCUCGGUGGCUGCAAGCCUCAAGUGCACUCGAUGACCCAGCCCUACCUGCGGUCAGCUGCAUCCUGCGAUGCUUGUACUUUGCUUCAGUUGCUGAGAACAGGUGUGUAAGCGACAGGCAGCAGCAUCAUAGAACAUACCUAUAUGUGUGACCAGGCAGCUGCUACACCAAGCGUGGUCGAUGUGACAUCAUCUAGUGUACAUGUACAGGUCGUCUUGGGCCGCACACCAUUGUCAACAGCACGUCACGACCGUCACGUACCUACAGCCUCUACCCCGUAAUUUUAGUUCACUGUGACAGGUUGAAUGGUCAGCUUAUCCUGCACACCUUGAGGGUGAGCACACCAAUAACCACCACCACCACUCCAGCAACAACUGUGACAAGAGCAACCUGACCUGCGACCACUACAGCAGCAGCCGUAACUACACCGACAACCUGCUCUUCAGACGGCUAAGACUGGCGUUGGCGGGGCACGAUGCCAAGCUGGCAGGCGUGACGUCAUCACCCAGCCUCCGAGGGUGUCGCUGGUGCGUGCAGAAGACAAGCAACAUCGUGUCGUCCUCGUCAGACGGAUGUCGUUGUGCUCCUUGCUGGCGGUGCCGCUGGCCAUGGCGGCGCUGGUGUCGGCAGUGGUGGGACUGGCCGUGUGUCUGCACGACCUGCUGCGGCGCCGUGUUCACCUGCCCUCGCUGCACUACCGGGACUCGACCCUCAGCGCUCGAGUGCUGACCAAGUGCGGACUCCGCCAACGCGUCUUCAGUCCGCCCUUCUGGCUCCGCUCAGGCCACGCGCAGACGCUGGCGGCAAGCCUCUUACCGCGCGGCGACGGCAGCGCAGAACUUUGCUUCGAACGCGAGUACCUGCAGAUGCGGGACAAAGGCGUGGUGGCGCUGGACUGGCUCACCGGCAGCGCGCCCAAAACCCGUCGCAAGGGCACGGUACUCAUCGUCCUGCCUCCCGUCACCGGUGACGCCAUGACGGUAGCGUCCCUUUGUCAUCUGGCGACGCGGCGAGGCUUCAAGGCGGUGGUCUUCAACCGCCGCGGCCACGGCGGGAGCGUGCUGACCACUCCCAGGAUGCAGAGCUCGGGCGAUCCCACCGAUCUGCGACAGGUGGUCAAGUACCUGCGGCUGCGGUUUCCGCGCAACAAACUAGCGGCCGUGGCGUACGGCACGGGGUGCGGACUGCUCAUCUCCUACCUGGGCGAGUUCGGCUCGUCGGCCAUCUUGUCAGCAGGCGCAUGUGUGUCUCCGUGCUACGACACUUCCGAACGCUUCUCCGGGCCGCUGAAGAGCGUGUACGACCUCGUGUACCUGCUGAAGCUGAAGGCCAUCCUGUGCAGCCACGCCAAGGCGCUGCACGGCGUCGUCAACGUGACGCAAGCGCUGCAAGCCUGGGACUUCACCACGUACGAGGAACGAGUGUACUGCCGCAUGUACACCCCAGCACCAGGCUGUACCUCUACGGCACCAGGUGUGACGCCAUGUGCGACACAUUGCUCCUCCGCAGUAGCUAACACGAUGGAGGACUAUUGGGAACGCAACAACCCCAUCAGGGACGUCGACGACAUCGCCGUUCCCGUCUUGUGCAUCAACAGUCUGGACGAUCCUUUCUACGCUGGUGCCAGCAUUCCCUAUGACCUCUUUAACUGCUGCCCCAACUUCCUGCUGGUGGUGACGGAGAAGGGGGGCCAUUGCGGGUUUCUGGAGGGCUUCCCACUCAGGUCGUGGGCGGACCGCUUGUGUUUAGACUACCUGGAGGCCGUCAUGGAGAUCACGACUAAAGGGUAUUCUAGCACGUGCAGUAACGGUACCCGAUGUCACGCCCGCUCCACUAUAUGACGUAGGACGAGACUACGGUGUGACACGUGCUUUUUAUUUAAAUUGUGUGACAUCACUUGCAAUGCUCAAGUCCAGGAACAUUUGUCAUGGGCGGCUGACUCACAUCAUGUGAAGCAGUUUGCAGAAGACAAUCACGUCUCAAGUUACACUUCCGCUGUCUGGUCUGCCCAACGUUGGUUUAUUUUUAGCUAUAAAACACACAUUCUCUUUCUAAUAACAUUAGUUUUUGUAUGUCAUGUGACAAAAAUUUAAUGUACCUUUGGCCUAUCGCUCUUCCAUAGCACGUGAUCUGUUUAAGACUAAUGAACAGGGCGUGUGUCUGUGUCAGAAGGAGAGAGAAGAUUGAUGUCCACUUCGUGGUCAACUCAGAGUAUGAUGGGCUAUCACGUGCGUAGCGAUUCGUCCUUUGUCUCUUUCAGUUCUAUGUUCUAAGAUGAUUAUGAUGUUCAGUGUAUUGUACACAUAACCACACUUCUAUGUUGUGACGUGAAAUGUUCAGGAAGGAAAAAUGAAAUCUCAUUUACUUAAAAAAUUCAGCACCGCAUGACCAGCAAGUAAAAUAUGUCCCCCCCCCCCUUUUACCAAAAAAAAAAAAAAAAAAA